AUGGAGGGCUGUGUCGUUAAACCCGAUAAGACGGAGUUCACCGAAUGCUGGCGCACGAGUUGGCAAACUCCGUACAUUAUGCGGCUUGCUUUAUCAGCCGGCAUUGGAGGGUUGUUGUUCGGUUACGACACAGGUGUUAUUUCUGGUGCCCUGCUUUACAUCCGAGACGACUACAAAUCGGUCGACAAGCAAACAUGGUUGCAGGAAACAAUCGUGAGCAUGGCCGUGGCCGGAGCCAUAUUCGGCGCAGGUUUCGGCGGCUGGAUAAACGACAAAUACGGCCGUAAAGUGUCCCUUCUUCUGGCCGACAUUUUGUUUUUCCUAGGUUCGCUUGUCAUGGCUGCAGCCGUGGGCCCGUGGAUGAUAAUCCUUGGGCGCGUGCUGGUCGGGGUUGGGGUCGGGAUGGCUUCAAUGACGGCCCCACUCUAUAUUUCCGAGUCUUCGCCGGCUAGAAUCCGAGGCGCUUUGGUCAGCACGAAUGGAUUGCUGAUCACUGGUGGGCAGUUCAUGGCCUAUCUUAUUAAUCUAGCUUUUACUAAGACGCCCGGAACUUGGAGAUGGAUGCUCGGUGUAGCCGGAGUGCCGGCCCUCGUCCAGUUUUUCUUGAUGCUAUCGCUGCCCGAAUCUCCGAGGUGGCUGUAUGGAAAGGACAAGGUAAAAGAAGCCCGAGCAAUCCUCGAGAAAAUCUACCCAGCCCACGAGGUAGAGGACGAGAUGCGGGCCCUACAGUCGUCAAUCGAGGCUGAUCGGGCAGCCGAGGGCCCGACGGGCGAAGGAUUAAUCUCAAAGGCCAAACAUAUUUGGGCCAACGAUGUUGUCCGCCGGGCCCUAUACGCGGGCGUGACUGUCCAGGUGGCCCAGCAAUUUGUCGGCAUAAACACCGUCAUGUACUACAGCCCAACAAUCGUCCAGCUGGCGGGCUUCGCCUCGAACAAGACAGCUUUGGCUCUGUCCUUAAUCACGUCCGGUCUGAAUGCGCUCGGGUCGGUUGCCAGCAUGGCGUUUGUGGAUAGGUUUGGGAGAAGGCGGCUUAUGAUCGUGUCCAUGUUCGGGAUCAUAGCUUGCCUCAUGGCCUUGUCGGUCGUGUUUUAUGAAGCGGCCGAUCACGCGCCACGUGUCGGCAGGGUCGAGUCGGCUAGGUUUGGGAGGAACUCGACGUGUUUGGAGUAUGUGGGAUCAGGCGAGCCGCUAACGUGGAACUGCAUGACUUGUCUCAGGGCGGCCUCGGAUUGCGCAUUUUGCGCCAUUGGAGAUAGCAAUUACCAUCCCGGAGCAUGCUUUGCCGCAACCGACCACACGAAAGGCCUAUGCAAAGACGAGCACCGGACGUGGUACACAAAAGGUUGCCCAACCCGAUUCGGCAUUUUUGCGGUCUUGCUUCUCGGGAUGUACAUUGUGUCAUACUCGCCCGGGAUGGGGACCGCUCCGUGGAUCGUGAACUCGGAGAUCUACCCGUUGAGGUACCGAGGGGUCGGUGGAGGGAUUGCGGCCGUCGCCAACUGGGUCUCGAAUCUUAUAGUGAGCGAGACGUUCUUGACGCUCACGGAGGCAGUGGGUUCUUCCGGAACUUUCCUAUUGUUCGCCGGAUUCUCGGCCGGCGGGCUGCUCGGGAUCUAUUUCCUCGUGCCGGAGACGAAGGGUUUGCAGUUUGAGGAGGUGGAGAGGAUGCUUGAGAAAGGGUUUAGGCCAGGGAUUUGUGGUGGUGGUUCAGAGGUGGAGAAAGGUAGCGGUGAUUCUAAAUGA